AUGGGCUCUACAGAUGAGAAGAUCAACAUCGUCAUCCUGGGAGGAGGCAUCUCUGGACUCGCUUUGGGAGCCGGUCUUGCGAAGAAACCUCACAUUACGUUCACCAUCUACGAAUCCGUCCCCGAGUACAAAGAUGUCGGAGCUGGACUCGCAUUGCAUCUGAAUGCCAUCAAAGCAAUGACCCUCAUUGACGACGAGGUACGAAAGGCAUAUGUCGACCGAGCGCUCGACAUGGGCGAAGAAGAUAUGGAGAUGGCAACGCAAGUGAUACUGGCUCACGGCCCUAACAGUGGGGAGGUGGUGGCAGAGUUGGGAAAAGCAAAGGGGAGGAAAACAAUAGCGCGAUAUGAGCUGAUGAAAGGCAUCAUGGAGUUAUUGCCAAAAGGCGCGGUCAAGUUUGGAAAGAGAGCGGAAAGUAUACGGGAGACAAAUCAAGGCGUGGUAGUCAAGUUUACGGAUGGAGAAGAGGCUACCGCAGACUGCGUGAUAGGGUCAGACGGCGUACACAGUAUAACGAGAUCUUACAUCCUUGGUCCGGAUCAUCCAGCAGUAGAGGCAAAGAACCAUGACGGCUACCAGAACUACCGUCGGAUGCUGCCAAUGGACAAGGCGAGAGAGUACGGCUUGAAUGAGCAAUGGACGAAAUUCGUGCCGAUCAUGUGCGGACCGAAAGGGAACAUCAACAGCAUGCCUCUUGAUCGAGGGCAAAGACUAAGCAUCGGACUUGCACGACGAGGGCUACGAUGGGAAGCAGACAAGUACAGUGGAGCACCGCCUUUGAAGCCAGAAGAAUAUACGGACUACAGCGAAGAAGCGCAGAUGAUGAUUCGCAUGAUUGCGGACGACGUCUCUGGCUCCUGGUCGUAUGCUGAUCAUGACCACGCUCCUGUCUACUACCGUGGUAGAGUCUGCAUGAUUGGAGACGCUGCACAUUGUACGUCCAGCUAAAAGCAGAAAGCAAAGUGACAUUGCUAACGAGGUAUCAGGUAUGCAUCCCUUCGCAGGGAACGGGGCAGCUCAAGCUCUUGAAGACUGUGCUGUAAUCGAUCACCUCUUCUCCAAAGUACACGACGUCUCCCAGAUUGAGAAAGCCUUCGCAGCAUACGAUACCACAAGACGGCCUCGCUCACAGGCCGUGGUUGAGAUAUCGCGGAAGUACGGUCGGGUGUACGGCUACGCAGAAGGCAACAUGCACGAAGAUCCAGAGCAGAUGAGAGCCUUCUUCAAAGAGUCCGCGGCUUUCACGAACAAUGCCGAUUUGACAAAGCAGAAUCAGGAUGCGAUGGACUUGUAUUUAGCAAACUGA